AUGGCAUCUGCUGAAAAGCACGCGAAGAGCGAGAAAGACCCGCUCUCCCAGACUGGGAGUAAGCAAGCUGCAUCUUAUGGGGCGGUCGAGCGUGAUCAAGCGAAAAGCGGUCUGUUUGUUAAGGUCGGAUAGAGCAGAAAUAACUAGUGAAAUAUACGAGUUAAUAACAGGCAAGGCAUUCCGGAGAAACACAUCAGUAUGUAUCAGAUACCAUGACUGGCUAUGGUUGUGUAUAUUUAUUCAUGAUUGCGCUAAUUUUUUUCCAACGAGAAGCAAGCAGCUGCAGGACGAAAAUUCUGGUCGCGAGUUUAUUCUCGUUGAGAAAAACCACUCUGGUUCUUGGCAAUUUUCGAGAUUCGCAAUUUUGUUGGCUGCAGCUCUACUUGCUGGAGUAUCGAUGGUCAUCUACUUUAUUCUUCUCGGUCAUACGUGGUCCUCUGCUCCUUCGGGCACGUGUCCUUCUUUUCGCGGCACACCACAAUUCUUCUCGGCGACCACAGGCACAGGUACUAAGGUUGCCUGUGUGUAUGUGUUGGACCAUUCGAACACAGACUGUUAAGUCGCGUCUAGUUUCUCGGUGAGAAACACUCGAGAGUGGUAAAGUUUGCACAAUUUGCACUCACAGCCUGAGACUAAUGAUCUCUGGCUGCUUUGAUCCCUGUGGAUGUUCAUUGGGGUUGCAAGGAGGAAGUCUCAGCUUCAUCAUUGGGAUAUCGUGUUGCGUGGGGAGCUUUCAUAUGGAAACGCUUAUGCUAUCAUCGUUGACUCAUACGAUCAUCAUGCACUGGCAUUCAUCAUUGAUCAGAAUUGACAAGACGUUAUGGACCUGGCUACAGCUAUGAAACAUUCAUCAUUUCUUCUAUCUGAAUACGUUGAAGGUCCUUUGCCUGUUGAUCGUUGAUUUUGGAACCAUAUGCAUUUAGGUCUGUAGGUUAUCUUUGAGAUCAUUCCGGUGUUGUUUUGUCCUUGACUGUGUUGGGGGCUUGAGCCACAUACGAGAGCGAGAGGAGAAACCGCCGACACCCGCGCCAACUAAGGCCAACGCGUUGAAAGUGGUGCCGGUGGGUACCUUGUUCGCCUGGCGAUCUUGGUCAUUUUGGUGAUCUUCAUGCGUCUGAUCUUUGUGACAUUUCAUGACUAUGACCUUGGCCAACAGUAUGACAGUUGCUAGCUCAGUUUAUAAAAUAGCAGGUAAUAUGCGAGGUGUUGUGCAUCAUGUAGUUCUUGGAACUUGCGACGUGCUGUACAUUUCUCAGAAUGAAAAACAAAAAUGCUUUUCCAUCUUCAAUGAAUCAUCAUCCUCCAGCUUUACUUUCAUGAUCCUAGGCUGGCCUCAAUGCCCAAUGAUCCGCUCUCAUGAGGCGCGCGCUAAGCAAUCCUCGGCACCAAGCAGCGAAAGCAUCUUCCUCGAGGCAGAAGGGAAUGAUGGUUUUUUCAUACAAGUUUCAGCAGCUGACUUGGCAACAAGAGCAAUCAUUUAUUAACUCUUUUCAUGAUUAAUGUUAGCAGAUGAUUUUCAUUUCUCUAGCAAGAAGUGGGAACCCGUCAGAUAAAACAAGACUCAACUCUCUUUUCCGUAUAAUGAUUUGAAUAUACUCUCUACUCUGGAACAACUAAUCAGGUGAUGCUGUAUGCAAAGAUGGACCCGAUAAAAGUUCAUGCGUGCGAGACGAAAGUGCGUCCAGGUCCGAAGCGACGCAGUGGUGUUGGGAAAAAAGCCACGAGGCGUUCAUUCGCAGAAAUUCCCCAGAUGAAUCUUGCAAAGACAUCAUUAAGGAGCAAUUUUAUGUAAGUAAAUGAUCCUUGACUUUUUCUUAACCCAUAACGAAGAACCUCUGCUCCUAGCCAGUCGCACAUGUCAGGCAUAACUGAAUUUUAGAGCAGUUGAGUUAUCGGCACGAGAGUAGGUGAUAAGGCGCUAUGUGUAAUAUAAAUAUGUAUAAAUAUGUAUUGGAGUUGUAGACCCUCUAACUUGCCGGACCCGGAGUUGUGUGCGAAGCAACGUCAGGACAGCUGCGUUUUUAAAAAUGGCGUCACAGGAAGCCACUUUUCUCCCGUGAGAAUCACGACGGUCGAAUGCUGCUCGCUGACGCCACAUGGGGAAGACCGUACCUAAAUGGAUUAAUCCUCCUCCUCUUUCUGCUCUCCUGAAGAGAAUGACUGUACGACCUAAUUAGAAGUGACGCAUUGGAGUGAAGCUGAAGAUCUACAUGCUCAGUAUUUCAGGCAGUGUCAACUUCAACUUCUGUCUAACAUUGCAAGUAAGAUUAAAGAAGACUUUCCUGUUCCUCCUUAAUCCAGUAUUGCGGAAAAAAAAAGUGGAGAAUUUCCGUAAGGAGGUGGCUGAGAGACGAGGCGAACACCAAGUGCUCACUGGUUACCUUGUGGGCAAUAUUGAAGCCGUGCUCACAAAUGAGAGCGACGUGGUCCCGCUUUCACAGCUCGGAUUGGCGGAAACCCGCAAAACCCUGGAUGAGACCAUCAGGAGAGGCAAUGAAGCUGUCGACAGCGCCAAGCACAGUGUGGAGAGAGCACAGAAGUCUCCAAAUUAUGAAUAGAAAGAUGCAUAGCGUCGACUUCUACUAGUAGGCACUGUCGAGCAUCAACAUGAUGAGCGCGUAUGAACAUUGUUGAAGCUACUGACAGACAGACUCCGGACUGCGGGUCGCAGAUGAUUGGUAGUUGAUUUGAUAAUUUCCACUUUGAAUCAUUUACUUCGCCGUGGACCUGCAUGAUCUGCGUUUUUUCCUGCAGUGACGGCGUCGCGGUAUCUCUCUGAUGUCUAAACUACGACCUAAACAUGUCUCAAAUAAUUGCAUCUGUUGUAUAUUACAACCUAAUUAUUAUGGAUCUGUUGUAAUACCUACUGGCUCUAAUAAUUCCGACUCUCCGAAUUCAGGAAAGAGGUAGACGACUUGAUGAAGAAGGUAGAGGAUGAGACGGCUGCUGCGGUGGAGAAAAUCCGGGUCGAUGUCGAUAGGAAGUUCAAGCCGUGGGCGGAAGAGAAACUUAAACAGGCAGAAGCGAAGUUUAAAGAAUUGCAGAAGACUUAUAGUUAAGACCCUCGAUUAUAAUUAAAUAAGAAAUUCGAACUAUACUUCAGUAUUUCCAACGGCUUGCUUCCUGCUUCACCUAUGUACGCAAGCCGAUUUCGGAAUAUUGGACUAAAGGCCUCAACAGUAGACGCAAUAGGUUACGUUAUAUCACUGUCGACAUUGAGGAGCUCUAACAACAACCAGAGGAGCUGCAAAAGCUCGAGCUCCAGUUCACCAAUAUGGAGAGGCACGUGCCCGAUGCAAGCUGGCGGCCGUUUUUGAGGGAGCUGAAGAACUUCGAUGAGAUAAUCCAAAAGCAUUCGGCUUCUGGUACUGAUUAGUUUUUUGAACUGGGCGUUUGCGCAUCAACAUACCAUGCAUUGGGAUAAGCUUGGCCCGCUUUUUCCGCGUCCCUGUAGAGUGAGCAGUCCGGUUGUCUGACUGUAAUGCCCGGCGCAAGUUCAGCUUAUUUUGUGUGCUUCCAGCUGGCGCGCAGUUGCGCUCUCCGCUUAGCCCGCGCGCUCCACUCCACGCCCAGGCCCACUUUUGCGCCUCGCGCUUCGUCCUCGCCUUAUAAUAGAACAGUUUAUAACACGAACGGCGGUUGGCACGGUUGGCACGAAUGACACGGUUGGAACAACCCAACGAAGCCAAAAAGUGCCACGAGUGGCGCGGUUGGCGUUGGCAUAAGCGGACAGGGAGGGGGAUUCGAAGGCAGGGCUGCAAUUCUACGGAAAGCCCCCCUGCCAUUUUGAAAAUGGUAAGGGAGCUAGCCAGAAACAAAGCCGACUCGGCUGCUCUCUCAAGAGUGCGGAUCCUAGUGCGGCUGACCGUCGGAGGGCUGGCUUCUUUCUUGGAACUACCGCGCGGGCCACGCAAAUUCUGGUGGACUUGCAUGAGAUGACCCCCGCGGAAUUCCACGAGAGGAAUGCUGCGACGAGGCGGGUGAUUUAGCACGCGGCCUCCGCCCUAGGGUGCUCAGCUGAUCCACCGCGCCGCCGCCGUGGGAGAGCGGCGACGGAGGUGGGCCGUGGCUUGGGGGGCGGGUCGGAUGCGUGGCAGCUUUGAAUCGCGGGUGGCAGAGGAGGGCUGGAGCAAAAGCAACGCGCCCGAAGGGCGCCGGGUUUGGGGAGCCUACUGAAGCGCAACGCCGUGGAGGGUGUGGCAGAUUGGUCGCAGGGCGCCCGAGUGGGAGUCCCAAAGUAUGUGCGCAGCAUUCGGAGAGAGCGGUAACGCCGCGGGGGCGGUACCGCUUGAAAACGCAGGGCGCCCGAAGGGCGCCCCGCUCUCGAAGGUCUGAAAGGUCCACGAAUGGCACGAAUGGCGGAGCACAUUGAAGCCCCGGAUUGGAUGCCUGCCAUUCGUUCCAACCGUUCCAUUCGUGCCAUGCCAACCGGCCCCCGGAAACCUUAUAUAUAAACUGUUCUAUUAUAAAUCUAUGUGCCAGGAGGCGGGAAGGAGGCCCCCCGAAACCCUAUGCCAGCCGUAUCCAACUGAGGAGCGUGACGCGCGAAGGGGCACCGGCGUGACGCGCGGGGGAGUGUGAUGGGUGAGGGGUUUCGGGCGUGACGCGUUAAGGAGCGUGACGCGCGAGGGGACAUCAGCGUGACGCGUGGCGGCGGGGCGCGGGAACGAAGACGCGGGGCGGCGUGGUGCGUGGUGUGCUAGUGCUUGCGGACGCACGUGGUGGCGUGAUGUGGUGCCGCGGUGUGUGGCGGCGUGGCGUGUGAUGGUGUGACGUGAGACGGCGCGAGGGUGCGGCGGUGAGUGUGCUGUCUGUGUGGUAGGUGAGCUGAGGCGCCUGCGAGGGCGUGGCGUGGUGUGCAUGUGUCUCGCUACCCAUGGAGAGGCCGCCAGGCAUUGCCUCUGGGCUUUUGGUGGCUUGUCUCAGGUCGGGCGGCUGUCUGCGGGCUUGUCUCAGAUCAUUUCUACGGCUGCCUGUGGGCUUGUCUCAGAUCAUGCGGGCGCCCGUUGGCUACUUGUCUCAGGUCGAUCGCGUAAUAUAGUCGCCCGCGGGCUGGGCUCAGGUCAUAUGGUCGGCAAAGGGCUUCCUUGCUCAGUUCAUACGCUACGGCCGGCCGCCCAUUGGCAUCUCUCAGACCAUGCGGCCGCCUACGGGCUUCCUUGUCUCGGCUCGUAUGGCUGUCUGCGGGCUUGUCUCUCUCAGACAUCCGGACGGCUGUCCACGGGCGUGCCCCAGGUCGGACCGCUGUCCCCGCGCUUGUGUCAGAUCAUACGGCCGCUGGAGGGCUUGCCUCGCUCAGGUCAUAGUACGGCCGCCCGCUGGCUUGUCUCAGAUCGUAUGGCUGUCCGCUGGCUUGUGUCGGAUCGUAUGUCCGUCUGCUGACUUGUCUCUGGUCGUUUGGCUGUCCACGAUCUGAGCCAGAUCGGACGGCUGUCCACGGGCUUGCCUACGACGGGCUGGGCGGCUGCCUCUGGGCUUGUGUCAGGUCAUACGGCUACCCGCGGGCUUGUCUCAGAUCCGUCCUUCCUACUGUCGUCUGGCUGCAGCUGGCACUGGCUUCCCUAAGAUAUACUCACUGGAACAAUGCCGCCCGCCCGAUUCCUUAAGAUCAUAGACGCAGAUGACCUACCGCUACUGCUGUAGUCGGCGGCAGGCUUCUCUCCGUGUUGUCUCUCUUACCGUCGUCCACUGGUGGGCUUCGCUUCUGUUUCGUUCUUGUGCAUAGUGAUAUAGAUUGCGGUGGCUAGUCACGCUCCCCAGGCUACCUCUGCGCCAUCUGCGCGUGGCGCGUCAGUCACGCUUUUCGCGCGCGUCACGCAAAAGGGGCGAGCAAGCUUGCCUAGCUCGCUUUUAUAGGGGGAAAGGGGAACGGCUUCAGGCCUGCGGCCUAUACGGCGCUCGCCAGGUCUUACGCCUCUACCUAAGCUGGAGCCCUGGAACAUAUUUCAUACAUUUCGUCUCCAGUUUUAGUUUGCGUCGUAGGUAUUGUUGUUUUCUGUCCACCUUUCUUGCGUGCUGUCCAGAAGUCCGCCUGUCCAGGUGUCCAUCUGCGCGACAGAAGAAGUAUACUAGAUACAGCUUUGGGCACUGUGGCUGUGGGUCGUGAGCAAUACUCAAUUUGAUGCUGGUCAACGAUACGUGUAACCCUAAAACUUACGCUCUUUGAUGGAUCUGAGUGACGGAAGCAACUCCUCUUCCACCAUAGAACACAAACUGCAAAUAAUCCAGGAAAAACAAGCAGGACGCCGACGACCCAAGGUGCUGAGCAUGCUCGCGCAUCUGCCCAACCGAAAGCUCCUCAGGCAUCUAGCAGUCAGGGAUCUUCUGGCACUAGCACUAAGGGCAACAUUCAGGGUGAGCGGAAGCAAUUAGACGCUGAAUCGUCUAGAAGCUCUGCAAGUGCGGGAAUGGUUCAUAGGACCACUGGGAUGGAGGAUGCGGUGGGUCAGGGUUCAGAUCUUAACCUGAGUCAGGGGGUACAAGAUACUAGCGUGAAUCAGGAGGGCUCAGAUCCUAACACCGAUGUGCAAGGCCCUGGAACGGAGGAAACAGGUCCUCGCACUAAAGCGGGAGAUAUUGCCACUAAUGUGGGCGAUGCUAACAACAACGGGGAUGAUCUAGACAAUCAGGGGGUGAAUGCCAAAGGGGCUGGUGGCAGUUCUUGCUGUGGAAAAAACUAAGUCAUAGUACAACUGAUUGUAGAGCUGGUGAUAGUAGUAUCCAUAGCCAUACCCAUACCAUUCUUCACAACAUUCAGUAUUUAUGUUCAUGCACUACUAGAAGCUGGAAAACAAAAAAAUUUUGGAAUCUCUGUGAAAAGCGAAUCACUUCCAUGCCCAUUUACAUAGAAAAGAAGAACCUAGAUCUUGGAAAGGGAGUUGCGUCCAUUCUCCUGCACUGCUCGGAAACAAGUUAUACUUAGAACUCGGGAAGGGGAGUGGUUCUAUGUUAUCUUUCAUAGAAGUCGGAAGCAUUGUUUGACCAGUAAAGGAGUAACGCAUAGCACUUCUCUCAACAGUUGCCAGAUCUGUUUGAAUAUGUUGAUUUGUAUCUAUAUAAACAUUUGCGAACUGAAGUGGAAGAUCACGACAAGAAAACGGUUAUUAGAACUAAAACCUGAACUAGAACGACUCAAGUGUCUCAUGAUCCGAAAAAUGCAACAUCACGACAAAGACGAUAACUAUGACCAUUCCCAAUCAAACUACACCAGCAACGAACAAUAACGUUUGAUGAAGCUCAGCCCUCAAAUGCAACAUCUCUCCAAAUGACAAAACUCUACCAGAGUCAACAAGAAAGUGACUAUAUCAACGACGACAACUAGAGGCCCGCCAGCCCUGUAAUAUUCUGUAUCAUCUAGAAGAAAUAGAGGAUACCCACUACAGCUCCUCGAUAUUGUUAGAUGCAUCAUAUACAUACUGAAACUGAAAUGCAGCAGAUCAGAUUGCAGCACACCGCAUGACGGGACUGACCUCUGAAGAAAAUGAAUAUGAUUAGACUUAGAUAGACAAGUGGCACACUGAUUAGGGCAGUGGGCACCAAGUUCGUUCCCUUGUUACGUAUUUACAACAAGCCACACGAUCUCUCGACCCAAAGCUGGCCUUCUUUCUAUAAUCUAAUAUGAUGAAGCACACAGCUAGCCUUUAUGUCACUUGUCAGCCUAAGUAAUGACUAGGGCACUUCUUGUUUGAUUUUGAAGUUAUUCAGUGCAGAUCUAGAUAGAUAUUUACAAGAUAUGUUUCUCAUUCUCAUUCUCAGUAAACAAACACUCACUCUCAGUUAUUAAAAGAUCUGAUUGAAGAAUGUGAAUUCGUAGAAGUAGAACUGUCAUCUUCACAAGAAAACUAAAACUAGAAUCAGACACUUAUCAUCUCAUCCGAAAAACGCAACAUCUUUCAUUACCACAAAGACGAAAACUAUCUACAUCAAUCUUCACUCCGAAACUACAUCAACGACAAUAAAGUUAGUAUGACGCUGGCGCCUGAUUAGAGGGGUUGCGGGCUUUGGCUUCUUUCUAAGCGUGUCUUUCGUUGGAUGCGUGGCCGAAAAGCUGCCCCAGUUCGAAAAAUUUAUACCAUAAGCAGGACCAUACAGGUUUGCACUGUGUUGACUUGGUGUAACAAGUCAGUGACUAUCAUAAUUCAACUAAUCCGCAAACUACAUUCAAUUACAGAACAACAGCGCUCAUGCGUACAAUGAAUUAGCAACUAUGUGCAAUGGCACUUCGAUAUCGAUGAAAGCUCAGCCUCAGGCUGCCAGUCUGGUUUUUCUACUCACGAGAGAGGACAGCCAUGGAUAGCUUCAGUUUUUGCGUGGUGCAACUGAUCGGAAAGUUUUGACAGCAGAUAAGUACUAAAGCGAGCGCAGCACUGUAAGGACUGAUCAUGGCCGCAGUCAAGUUAGUUCAUUUGUUUUCUAGAAAUUCCUACCCGGUUUUGCAUACAGGUUGGUAUGCAAAUGGGCCAGCGGGCUUCCCGUUAAUGUAGUCCAUCUGAUUAAAAUUGUACUUCACUACGCCAAGAGCUCUGGGCGGGAGCUUAGACCGGCAGUUUUCUCUACUCAGUAGCGAAGGCUGUCAUGCUUUUAGAUUUUGUUUUUGUAAUGACAGCGGAAAGGAAUGGAAGCUGAAUUAAAUAUGGUGCGGUCUCAAUGAUUGAGCACAUCAAAGUUUUGGUCGCCAAUCUAGUCCAUUCACCAUUCAAAACGCAAUCUAUCUGACAGACGAAGGCAACUUAUCCUUAUGUUAUCAUGACAGUGGAAUUGUUGAAAAGGUGUUGUAAAGCUCACUACUGAAGACAUAGGCAACCAGUUAAGUACAGAAGUAAAGCUUAGCGAAUAAUUGAAACAGCAGAAAAUGGACAGUAAUUAGUGUAAGGAGGCUUGUGUUUUUUUUCUUUGGUUUUCCGGUUCGUUGCGUCACGAAGUAUCGUAAGACUUGCGUCGCGAUAGGUCUUUCGGUUGGAGUGCUUGCGGGAUGUGUGGCGUUUGAUCCCCCACAUCUGGGUCUGCCGUAGUGCAUAAAUUUGGGCCCGGCGCAUUCUCCUCGUCCGCAGCCGGAUCUCCAGCCCAUUG